CACUUUACAGUCUGGUCUGUAUCUGUCGGGCUCUAACUCUUCGCCAUGAAACAUGGCGUGGCUUUUCGGAAGUUCUCGAGGACGUCCUCGCAUAGGAUGCUUAUGUUGAGGAACCUGGUCACCUCUCUCAUUGAACAUGAGCAAAUCAAGACCACGCUUCCGAAAGCUAGAGACACCGCGAGGUUGGCAGAGAAGAUUAUAACCAUGGGAAAGAAGGGCGACCGGCCUGCAUUCCAACGAGCAAAUAGUUUCCUGCUUAAACCUCAGCUCAUGCCCAAAGUCUUCACCCAACUUGCUAAGCGCUACGCGGAUAGGCCAGGUGGCUACACACGUAUUCACAAGUACGGCAACCGUCCUGGUGACAAUGCUCCCCAUGCCAUCCUUGAACUCGUUGACAACCCGAAGGAUUUGAAGUUUGAGAUGACGGCUCGAGCAGUUGGUUGGGAAGUUCUAGGAAAGCGGGUGGGAGAAGCUGGACCAGCAAAACUUGUUCAACAGGGCGUCAGAGAUCUGCAGGAAGUUAUCGAGCAUGAGCGAGAAUUGGCACCUACACGACGAGGAGAACUUAGACCGACUACACGAUGGAACCUCCAGAAGGUCCUGAAGUUCCGGCCAGCUGAGGCCAUUUAUGAGUUGAAGAAGAAGGCCGAGGAUCACAUUGAUACCCUCUUGGCCAAGCCGCUGACUCUGAAGGAGUCGAAGAAGGAGUCCAACGAUGAACAAGUGGUCGUAAAACCCAGGACUAUUCGCCUCAAAGCCGGUCAAAAGCUUCCUGGUGCUGUUCAAAGUUCUUUGCGCUUGGCGCAGGGUGCUCUCGGAAAAGAGGCACCCACGAAGCCUCGAUGGUUCGAUCGACGGAAGCUCGGUGUUGAUGCGUCAAACGUGUGGGGUCAAUCAUAAUGUCUCUCGUCUCGUAUCUACGGUUAUCCUAUAUCCUAUGUUGUACGCUUAAUGACCUUCAGAAGUUGCUCGCAGCCUCC